AGCUUCGACUUCAACUUCAACUUCAAUUGCAAUCUUCACUUUCAGAAAUCAGAAUCAAUCUACAGCUACUACUACCCACUACUUCUUCAACUCCUCUUCUACCUACCAAAAUGCAAUUCUCUAGAAUCCUCUUCCUCAUCUUCGCUGCCCUCGUCUCUGCUGCUGCGAUCCCGGGUGGCACUUCGGGUGGUGGCAGCGGGGGUUGCAACCAGGGUCAGGUUGUUACGUGCUGCAGCUCCUUUUCCGGCAGUGUUUGCAAUCAAGCCAAUACUGGCGGUAUUGGCGGUCUUAUCGGAGUUGGGGUUGGAAAUAGUAAGUUCUUACCUUGUUCCUGUCCUAACUUGGAGAGGGGAUAUGUGAAGCUAAUCAAGUGGGGGGAUAAUUUUUUUUCAGUUGGAGGAGGUGAUACAUCGUGCAAAGGCACUCAGUAUUGCUGCCAGCAGAGCGCGGUAUGUGAUGGUGGCUCUUAUUUGGAGGGUGGUCAUUGGACUAAUUACUGUGCACAGACUGGGGUUGUCGCUCUCAACAAUUGCGGUCCUCUUAUCGAAGGUCCUAUUAUAGACAUUUAAGCAACAACACAGAGAGAGAGAGGUUCCCGGAACCUUAUGAUGUGGUUGUGACGAUGAUGAUUUGGGCGAUGGAUGGGUAUCGGUAUGGGAUGGGAUUGGAUGGGAUUGGAUGAGUUCAAUGUGGGAAGGAUUCAGGGAAAUGAUUUUAUGACUAUGAUUUACUUUUCUUCUGUCACAACGGGGCUCCCUGGAGCGUCGUCCAUGUCACAUUCUCUGCAGUAGUUAGUUUGGAGGUCAAUUUUAUUUCAUUAUCACGGG